CGGCUCCCGGCGCCCCGCGAACAUCACCGGACGACCCUUCCCUGGACGACGCCAGCCGUGCAGCGAGACAAGCCUGGCGCGCGCGGGCGCGCGUGGUCGGGCCGAUCUGGUAUGGUCGGCUCCUGCCGCGUCGACGCAGCCGGCGGCCCCAGCGCGGGCAGUCACGCUGGAAUGCCGCCAGGGGCCCAGAAACCGCCGAUUUCGAGCGAUUUGUCUGUGUGGGAAGGCCGCGAUCGCUCGAGGUCGGAGGGCUCCCCGCGGUGUCGGAAGCCACCCUGCAGGUCUUCACGACACGACCUUGCCGCAUGCGGCUGGCGUCGUCCAAAUUCUGCGCCUGCCGCGCCCAUGGCUGCCUUCGCCGAGAUGCUCGGCGGCUCCCUCCUGGGCCCCGGCGGCAAGGUCACCGAGACCGCCGCGGCCUUCGCAGGCAAGGGCGCCGUCGCGCUCUACUUCAGCGCGCACUGGUGCCCGCCGUGCCGCGCCUUCACGCCCCAGCUCGCCGAAUGGUACAAGAAGGACCUGCAGGCCAGGGGCCUGGAGGUGGUCUUCGUGUCCUCCGACAGGGACGAGGCCUCCUUCAAGGAGUACUUCGCCGAGCAGCCCUGGUUGGCGCUGCCCUUCGCGGAGCGCGGCGCCAAGGAGAAGCUGUCCAAGAGGUUCAAGGUGAGAGGCAUCCCCUCGCUGGUGAUCCUGGACUCCGACGGGAAGGUCACCACGACGGAAGGCCGAGCUGCCGUCAGCGACGACCCGACCGGCGCGGAGCUUCCGUGGAGGCCGAGGCCGGUGAAGGAGCUCCUGGCCGAGGCGAAGCUCGUCGGGCCCUCGGGCGAGCUGACGAUGCAGCAGGCGAUGCAGGAGAAGAAGGCGCUCGCGCUCUACUUCAGCGCGCACUGGUGCCCGCCCUGCCGCGGCUUCACGCCCCAGCUCGCCGAAUGGUACAAGAAGGACCUGCAGGCCAAGGGCCUCGAGGUGGUCUUCGUGUCCUCCGACAGGGACGAGGCCUCCUUCCAGGAGUACUUCGCCGAGCAGCCCUGGCUGGCGCUGAGCUACGCCGACAGGGAUAUGCAGCAGAAGUUAAACAAGGCCCUGAAGGUUGAGGGCAUCCCGACCCUCGCCAUCCUGGACGCGGAGUUGAACGUGAUCACGACCGAUGGUCGCGGCGCCGUCGCAGCCGACCCCACGGGGGCCGCGAUGCCCUGGCACCCGAAGAUCGUGAAGCAGCUCGCGGACGGCCCUGGAGACAUCAACGAGGUGCCAACGUUGCUGAUCUUCUGCGAGUCCAGCGACACCGCUGGGGUGGACGCCCUGACGCAGGCCCUCGAGCCCCUGGCGGCGAAGUACAUCGAGCAGGCGAAGGCAGCCGAACAGGACCCGGACUUUUGCUUCAUGCUGGCGACAAAUGGGGCGGAGCUCGCCCCGAGAAUCCGCGGCAUGGUGGGCCUUCCGGAGACACCCGACGCCAAGGAGUGGUGGCGGCCCACCCCACAUAGUGGCGCGGCCCCUCCCCGGCACUGCCCGGCCGUCGACAUCCCCGACGAUGGCGGCUACUACCUCGCGGCGGAGGGCUCGGAGGUGACCGUCGCCUCCGUGGAGCGCUUCCUCGCCGACUACAAGGGGGGGGCGCUGGAGCGGAAGCAGCUGCAGUGA